CUUUCACUUGUCCAACUCUGCUGCAUUGAGCAGUCACCACUUUUGGGGUGCUUCAAUUGGCGCCCAAAUAUUCCAAGGUCCAAUCCAGGGUCUAGGAACAGAAUGGAGCCUAUCGGAGGAAGCCCCUUCGACCGACUUCCUGAUGAACUCCUGCGGAGUAUUCUCGAAAGGCGGAUGUGGGAUGCAGGCGAUUUGCACUUCAGCAAAUCGCAAGAGAGGAUUCAGCUGGAGCUUGUUUGCAAAAGGUUUCAGGCGCUGGUUCGCUCAUCUCCAAGCCUGGAGUGGGAUGUGAUCGGGCUUCAGAGCGAGAGCAUCUUUUGGAGCUACAUGCUUGCUCGGACCACAACUUCGCUGCAGAAAGUUUCGCUGGUUGUGGAAAAUGUUUCGCGUCUCCUGACCGGUCUUGAGGCGAUCGUUGCUCAGUCUGAAGAGACCCUUGAGGAGCUUCACGUUUUCAUAGUUGCCAGCUCGGACACAAGCUGCGCCGAUUAUGAGAAGCUUUUUGCAAUGCUCCAGGCAUGCCCUAAGCUGGCGGUGUUGGAGCUUGUCCUCUUUCGAUCAAAGGUGGAUUUGGACUUCGUGAAACCUCUCAAACCUUAUCAAUCUCUUCGGCUUUUGCUUCUAGAUGGCUUCCGCGUUCACGAAUCUGCUCUAAAUGCUCUCCUUGAGACCUUUCCUUUGCUGAGAAACCAGAAAUUUGAAAAGCCGAUGAACCUGUUCAACUUUACGGGUCCUGGAAUUGAAGAACCUUCUUGGUCGAACCUGUUCUGGUGGGACAGCAAGAGCGGGGUGACACAAUGUGUGGCUCCUGUGCCAAGGACUCCGAGGCUGGUGCUGAUGAUCAUUGAAAGAGAACCAAGGACACAUGCCUUGGACAAACUGAAAGGGCUUAUGGUAGGCUGUAGGGCCGCAAGGGUUGCAAGCAACCUGCCGGGGUACCUCGACGUGUUGGUUGCUCUCAUGACGCAUGACAAUCAGAGCAUCCGAAGGUUUGCCGGGCAUACGCUCUUCCAUAUUGUCAACGAUGAUGACACACGGAAGGUCCUUACAAGGGUGGGAACUGCCGUGGAGGGGCUUCUGGAGUAUUGUGGACAAUCAGACCUGGGGGCGCAACUUCGGCAAAGGAUUGCGCUGAAGAUACUGGGGCUGCUUGCAUGUGAUGGUCAAAGCAAGGAGGCCACGGCAGCGUUUCUUCAGCGAGUAGAAGUGUUGAACAGUCUUCUGGAAAAGGGCACUUUGGACGAGGUAGAGGACGCCAUGUUCCAAGUCGAUACGAUCACGGAGGACUUGGGGCCUCGCAGACUGAUUGCUCGAAUGCCCAGCUUUAUGAAAGCGCUUGUUUUCUGUAUGGCUUCUAGACCCGAGGAAAAGGCACGAGAGUUAGGGGCAUUCCGAUUACAAUGCAUGGCGGAAGAUGAGAAACUCUUGCAGGAAAUAGCCAGUGGACCAGAGUGCCUGCAGGCGCUGCUUUCGGUUCUGAACUCUGGAUCCGAGGAUGUGCUCGCAACGGUCGCAGCUGUGCUAUGCAACCUCGCAAGCAAUCCCAUGGCCAGGGAAGUCAUUGCCGUGGUGCCAAGGGCCUUGCCAUGGUUGGUUAUCUUGUGUUAG